AUGGAGCGCUAAUUGAAAUAGCAAAAUGGAAAUGUUUGGUUUUACCUUACUAUUUUCAUUAGUGUUGCGUUUGUAGGCUUACAAAUCCUCAAGCACUUUUCAAGUAAAGAUUAGCUUGCUAUGAAAGAGGCUAAAUUGAAGCAAAAACUGAAGAAACAAAUUGAAAAGCAAUAAAAGCAUAAAGAGAUGGAAGCUAAAUAAGUAAAGAAGUCAUAACCAUCUGAGGGCAUUAGAAGCAGAAAUGUGAGCACAACUGAUUCAAACAGAGGAGAUAAUGGUGGCAAAAAGGAUAAGUUAGCUACAAUGAAUGAAGAGAUUGAAAGAGUUGAAAGAGUAAUGAGAAAAAGAAACAAUUCAAAGUUGACAGCAUAGACAAGUGCACAUGAAGAGCUUGGAAUUAAUAGAUCCACUAGCAGUCGUGGAAAUGAACUAGAUUCCAGAAAAGCUAUUAAAGAUAGCAAGCAUCCAAUUACAAGAAUUUGCUUGACUGGCGGACCUUGUGCUGGUAAAACAACAGCAUUAGCCACUUUAUCAGUGGUUUUGCAACAAAUGGGCUUUAAGGUAUUAUAAGUACCUGAAGCAGCUACUAUACUUAUGAAAGGAGGAGCAUUCAUUGAAACUCCAAAAAUGACUUUAGCUAAUGCAGUUAGAUUCCAAAUUAAUCUGAUGAAAUUACAAAUGUCUUUAGAGGAUAAUUUCAUUUAGAUAGCUAUGAAUAGUGAUCAACCAACUAUCAUUCUGUGUGAUAGAGGAGUCAUGGAUGGAUCAGCUUACACCGAGGAAAAUGUGUGGCAAGCUAUCCUAGAUGAAACUGGAUGGAGUACCAUGCAGUUAAGAGAUCGUAGGUACGAGGCUGUCAUUCAUCUCGUCACCGCUGCUUAAGGAGCAGAAGAAUUUUAUACUAUGACUAAUAACCAAGCAAGAUAUGAAGAUCUUCAAGCUGCCUAGGAGCUAGACUAAAAGCUUAUUAAUGCUUGGGUAGGUCAUCCACAUUUCUCAAUUAUUCAAAAUAAUUUCUCAAGUUUCUAAUAAAAAAUUGAUAGCUGCUUGGAAACUGUGCUUAAAUUCAUUGGACUUCCAUCUCCAUCAACCUUUAUUAAAAAAUUCUUGCUGAUAGCUGAUAAGAACAACUAUGAUAUUCAAGUUCCAAGAAACGUGAAGAAGGAAUACUUUAACAUUGAGGAGACUUUCUUACUUUACACAGCAGAAGAGUAAAUCGAUAAUGUCGCUAGGAAGAUUGGUAAAAAUGACUCUUUUAUUUACUACCAUGAAACAAAGACAAUGCAAAAUAAUGAGAGAAUUGUCAGAAAGAGACAAAUUACUGCUAGGGAGUAUAUUGAAUUGUUAGAUCAAAAAGAUAAUGCUAAAAAAGUCAUUAAAAAGUUGAGACAGUGCUUUAUCUAUGAAUCAUAGUACUUUAUAGUAGACACUUUCCUUAAUCUAAAAGGAUUUUCAUUUUCAAUUAUGAGAAUUGAAACAACAAGAGAAGCAUAAUAAAUUAAAAUUCCACCAUUUGUAAAAGUGAUGAGAGAAGUCACAGAAGAAUAAAUCUAUGAAACAAGAAUGAUUGCUGAUAAGUAAUACAUGAUGCCAGAGAAAGAUAAAAAGGAGAUUGAGGAGAAAAUCAAAAACAUUAAAACUAAUUGA